AUGCGAGCAUACAAGCGUGGCCAAGUGCUUCCGGUCGCAACUGGAAAUGCAUUAGCGGCACUUUGGACUAGAGAUAACAGUAAACGUCAAAACACGGCAGGAACAACGCGGUUGCACAGCAGCCACACACGGUCAGUCAUAUCUAAUUGUAGUAAAAGCUCGGAAGCAAGUCUUACAACGUCCGAAACGUCGGUGGCAACAAACGAAGUGGUGGCAGUAGAGGUGACACCAACAUUUAGGCGAAAAAUAAGAGCAAAAGCGCUUGGUGUCAACAGCAUCCCAGUUGAAGUAACAGAUUCCCAGUGUGGCUUAGCAGGCGGAGCGGUGGUGGAAACAAGAGCUGCAGCAAACCAAAAUAUAAAUAAAAUUAAAACCACAACGAAAACCAGCUAUCACUUGAGCUUCUCACAUUUACAUGGAAGUAGAGAACAACGCAGUAAGCACCAAAAUAACCCACGAAAUCCAUCCCAACGCUGUAAUCCGAAAACUUUUAGUUUUAACCCAACACUAGUCAGCGCAUUCCUUGUCCUCCUACACUUUUACGCGUCAAAUACUUUUGUAGUGGCUGCAGCUUUAACUGAAAUUCCAACGGCAAGUGCCAAUGACGUGCAUGUCGAUAUCAAGGACGAUAUCGGUGUCGAUAAUGGCUUAGCUAACCCCAAAAUCGAAGUGAACAACAACAGCGGGAACCCUUGUACGCUUAAAAAUACACAACUGAACCCCAACUGUCAUUCGACGCUAUCCCACGGUGUUGACUAUGAGAUCAAUGGCAAUGCUUACAAUGUACAACAACAAGCAAUUAUCGAAACAACAGUUUCGAUUCAGUUUAUACAACCGGCAGCAGCGCUCAUUCACGAAACAACCACCAGUACAACUACAACUGUCAGCAAGAACAACAGCAACAAGAACAACAAAUCGGUUGCUGCUUUUAUUGCUGCUGGAAGCGAAACCGUGGCAAGUGACACCAUCGCUCCACCGCUCCUCCACCACACCAUUGACGCCAGCACCACUGUCAAUGUGUCCGUGCUCGCUGCGCACGACGCCACUCUCGACGACAACGUCGAAGUGCCACAGAUUCCCACUUACAUACGCAACACUGCCAUGUGCUUUUGCAUAGCAAUCAUGACGUUGGGUGUUAUUGGCAACAUUAUGGUGCCAAUUGUUAUUGUGAAAACCAAAGAUAUGCGCAACUCCACCAACAUAUUCCUCACCAAUCUCAGUAUUGCCGAUCUUUUAGUGUUGCUUGUUUGUACGCCAACGGUGCUGGUCGAGGUGAACACGCCACCGGAGACUUGGGUGCUGGGACAUGAAAUGUGCAAAGCCGUACCAUUUGUCGAAUUAACAGUCGCUCAUGCUAGUGUGCUGACAAUUUUGGCCAUCUCUUUUGAACGCUACUAUGCCAUAUGUGAGCCACUGAAAGCCGGUUAUGUAUGUACCAAGGCACGUGCCAUACUUAUUUGCAUAAUCGCGUGGGGCAUUGCCGCAGUAUUUACCAGUCCCAUUAUUUGGGUAGCGGAAUACAAAUACGUUGAAUACAUUGAUGGAUCAUCGGUAGCGGUGUGUUUGACUCAAGCUACCAACAAUUGGACCGUUGGCUACUUCUUGAUGACAAUAAUCGUUUUCUUUAUACUACCUCUACUUAUCUUAAUGGUGCUAUACGCGAUUAUAGCGAAAAACCUCAUCUCCAGUAAUGGUCCCAUGCUACGUAUACGACCAUCGAAACCCGAAUUGAGUUUAAAGGCGCGCAAACAAGUCGUACUCAUGCUGGGCGCUGUUGUACUCUCCUUUUUUCUCUGCCUACUGCCCUUUCGCCUGCUCACCAUGUGGAUUAUAUUAAGCUCAGAGCAAACAUUCUUCGAGAUUGGCGUGGAACGUUAUUAUAGCCUCUUGUACUUUUGUCGCAUUAUGUUCUACUUAAAUUCGGGCAUAAAUCCAAUUCUCUACAAUCUUAUGUCUACAAAAUUUCGCAAAGGAUUUCUCCGAUUGAUUUUGAAUACAUGGCAUGGUGCUGUUAUGUCGCUGACUUGUGGACGUCACAAACGCAUACGGACACGCACUGGCACAAUAACUGGGGUGGCGACAAAUACGAAUACGAACACCUCGAACACGGCGACCAGUAAUGCGACAACGUCUAGUAUUCACUCUCGUCAGUCUAAUCGUCGUUAUAGUGAUGAUACCGUUAACACCACAGCAAGUAUGCGCGCCAUUACAAAAACACAAAUACAAAUACAAAUGCACAUACCUUGCGGCCCGGAGAGCGAAAUGUUAGCCAUGUUGCAUGAUGGUGUGACGCCAACUCCUUCUAAAGCGACACCGAAGGAUGAAUUGCAGCGAAAUAAUGAAAGUUUAAAGAGUGGAAAACGAAAAUUUACGUUAAAGCGAUCGGUACUACGAACAGUAGCUAUGAUUGAAAAGAGCCAACAACAGCCCUUAACGCAAUCGAACACUCCAAGUAGAAGGCGUUCGAUGCAUGUAAGCUUUGAUGAUGAGGAAGCUCAAGCUCUCGGGGUGGCUGGUACCCUGACGACAUAUGUAUGCAUGUAUAUACAAUUGUGUCUUCACAAACUUGUUGAUUGUAAAGCCAUCAGUAUUUUCCUACAACUAAUAUUUCCAAUUUACUUUGUCCUUAUCUUUUUUCAAUCUUGCAUUAGUCCCAUCAUUCUUAUCGCCACAUUUCGAAUGGAACGUUAUUACGAUAACACUGAAGUUUCGGUAUGUUUCACAUCAGCGGAAAACUUUUGGUCAGCCUUCUACUUCAUCGCCUGUAUUACAGUAUUCUUUUUGUUACCAUUCAUCGUGUUGGUGUUCCUCUAUGUAGCCAUCGCUUAUAAACUUUUACGCCGCAAUAUUGACUUCCAUCGACCCGCCACAACCACCGCUGCACAUGUGCCGUCAACCACUUGUAUAAGCUCGGCUAUCUUGCGCCAACAAUCGAUAAACAAACCACCAACACAGUUGACGCGCAAUGUCUCAGUCAAUAAUAAUAACCGUAACGGCGGCACAUUAAAUAUUGGCGCAAGCGCUCAACAACUGCGCAUGGGUAUGCGGAAGCAUCGCAAGCAAGUGAUUUUCAUGUUAGUUGCAGUUGUCGCCAGUUUCUUUGUUUGUCUCUUACCAUUCCGGGCUUUCACUUUGUGGGUCAUUGCUGCAUCUACAGAGGAUAUAGCCGCGCUUGGCAUUGAUGGUUAUUACACUAUUUUAUACUUCUGUCGUAUUAUGCUCUAUUUGAAUUCCGCGCUCAAUCCUAUACUCUACAAUCUAAUGUCAUCGAAAUUCCGUACUGGUUUUUGUCGUUUAAUUAUUUCUUGUUGUGGCGGGCAGAGAGCACACAUAAAUGGGCGUGAUAAUAGGCGUGGUACGGCCACCACAAACACGACGAGCAGCCGUCGACAAUUGGAAACCAAGCAGCCUACAAGUACAUACGAUCAACGUCGUCUCAAAUUCAAACGUGAAUCAACUUUUGCUGUGAGUUCAUCCCUUUCCACCUCUUCCAGUACGGAACGGAGCAGCAGCGUUUCGAGAAAUGUUCGACCUUCUAUUGCUAAACGUACGGCGGUAGGUGCGGCGAUUAUCAACAUAACCAGAAGUACUGUAUCGAGUGCAUGCCCCUUGGAAUGUGAUGAAAACGAAAAAGAAUGAAAAAUCCUCUUAAAAUGAGCAUAAAUACGGAAUUCAUCACAUAUAUUUAUAAGCCAUGCAUAUGUUGCAUUUUUAAGUAAGACUGAUAAAGCUCAAAGUCAAUAAUAGAUGUUUUCAAUUAGAAUGUUUGUAGUAAGAACUUAUCUGUGGCCCACUAAAAUAUAUUCAAUGUAGAAAAUUGUAUGUAUUGUUUCUGUAAUAAACAAAAUAUAAUGUUUGUAAAACAUGAAAGGAAUUAAGUACUUAACUAUCCAUAAAACUUUCAGGAGUAUUGCAAGUCUUGUUAACUACUCGUACUAAAAAUGCAAAGGGUGGAGAAUGGACGUUGAUUAAGGAAAAUGCAAAGGCUGGAAAAUGGAAGUGGAUUAAGGAAAAGCAAAGUGGUUAUUCAUUAUUGA